AUGCUACUGACCCAAAGCUUAGCUACGACUGUUGCUUUGCCAAAGAUUCGUGUUCCUCUCGUUACCGCAGGCACAUCUGCUUCCGAAAAUUCGCCCUCUGGUACGGCCUUGAAAUCUUCCUCCGGUGGGCGCUGCGUUGCUAGACCAUCUGCCACCGUGUUUGACACCAGCGAGUCUAAUCAGGAUUCUAGAGUUCGAGACGACGAAGAUCGGCCCACCAGUUCGAUUCAGGACCCCGAGCAGGUGGAUAUAAAGGAAGUUUCUGCAGUCAGUGCUCAUAACGAUGAAAACGAUGAAGACAAUAAUUGUGGUUUGUCUUUGGUCGGAGACAUGGAUAAUGAACUAUAUAGAGCCGAACCGGAUGAUAGUGGCGAUCUAGCUGUGAAUGUACAGUGGGAUAAAAAGGAGAAUAUUAUUGAUGUGCCGCAGUCAACAACCCCGGCUAAGCAGACCCAUUUAAAAGUGAUUACUUCAAGAGUGUCUCGUGCGAAGGGAAGAUCAAGCCAACGGCUUGCCCGCCGUCGCAAGAUCUCCGGAAGGAAAAGUAAGUUGGAAGAAAUUCGUGAUGUGGUCUCACCGGAAAUCGACAAAGGAUCGACUUUUGAAUUGUGCAAAGAAGUAAUCGGCUCACCGUCCUGCAACCCCGAUGAAUCUGUGCAAAGCUUUCGUCUGUACUAUGACAGAGAUCAUCGGAGCAAAAAUCCAUACUUUAUGAAAUAG